AUGUCUACAGAAGCAGAUAUUAAGGAAUUUCUUAAAAAAAAGGAUUUUUAUGAGAUUUUAGGUGUUUCAAAGACUGCUACAGAUGAUGAAUUAAAAAAGGCAUAUCGUAAAUUAGCUUUGCUUUACCAUCCAGAUAAAAAUAAGAAUCCUAGUGCUAAUGAGGCCUUUAAGAAAGUUGCUUAAGUAAAUAGAUAGCAUUACUUAGGCUUAUGAUUGUCUAUCAAAUUAAGAUAAAAGAAGAACUUAUGAUUAAUAUGGGACUGAGGAACCAGAAUAACAUUAUCAGCAUUACAGACAAUAAUGGGGAGAAAGUCCGGCUGAAUAAAUAUUCCGAACUUUCUUUUCAUAAAAUGGAGGGUUUGAUGAUCUAUUUGAGAAUGGGUUUGGUGCUGGAUUUGGAAAUGGUUUUGGAGGAUUUUAAUUUGUUCAAUAAAGUCCUGGAAUGUUUUAUUAUUCUACCGGUCCUAGAAGGAAUCGUGGUCAACAUUAAUAAAAUCAUAGAAGAUAAGAUUUCGAUCAAUAAGAAUUUUAGAAUUAAAGAAGACAAAUUUAAAGAGGAACUAAUUGGAUACAAAUUUCAUGUUAUCUGAUUUUUAUCUAUAUUUUCUUUGGAAGUUCAAUAACUCAAUUUCUAAACUAUGCUUUUUCUGAAAAACCUUAUCAUUAGUUCGAAAAAGAUAGUACAUAUCGAAAUAUGUUAGAAACAGAAGUAUAUAUAGUUUUCAUUAUUUAGAUUUUGGGUUAGAAGUUCUUUGCUAGAGACGAAUAUUUAAGGAAAGACGAACUAUUUAAAAAGAAUUAUGAAGCAGAGAUUGAUAGAGAGUAUUUAGUUGAAUUAGAUAAUUAAUGUAUAAAGUCAAAAAAUGAAAAAUAAAGAUUAAUGCAUGAAGCAAAAAAAUCCUGGUUUGUUAGUACUCAAGAAAAAUACUUAAAUUAAGCUAAUCAAGUGAAUAUGGCUAGUUGUAAUUAAAUUAAUGAAUAUCGAAAAAGCAUUAGAAACUUUUCUCAGAUUUUUAAAAUAUGA